AGAGAGAGAUCAACAAACAAGAACAGCAACAGAUCACCAAACCUACGGGCUGCAGAUUGGUUUUGUUAGCCCCAUCAAACCAAAACCAAAAAUCUUUUCUUCUCCAUUAGCACGGCCACCACCGCCGCCGCCGGUUCUAGCAGUUACAGAACGGCAGAACCCAUAGCCUGCGAAUGGGAGAGAAGGAGAAAGAGAAGAAGAAACAGAAGCAUCAAAAGGAGAGCAAAUCCUCAUCGGAUCCGACUUUCAAGCCCAGUUCCGACGUGAAGGGCCUCCGUUUCGGUGCCCAAUUUAUUGUAAAAUCCUUCACGGUCCGACGCGCCGCCCCUCUGGAGUUACUACGCCUCCUUGCUCUGCCUCCCACCUUCAGCAACAAUCAGCACAACCACCACCACCACCAGCAUAGCCAUCAUAAUAAUCGAAACAAUAAGCAGCGAGAUCAGAAUCAAGCCCUCUCCUUGCCCUUCCCAUCGACCACAGCCUACCUACCGACCAACUUCACCAUAUUAGCUCACCACGCAUGGCACACUCUCACAUUGGGGCUGGGCACCAAGAAAUCUAAAGUGCUUGUGUUCGUCUUCGAAUCCCAGAGCAUGAAAUCCGGUGUCGAUCGGAUUUGGCCACCGGAAAUUCCCCUAGGAGAAGUCAACCGUAAGCUAAUUAGGGGGCUCACCGGAUGCGAGAUGGCCCGUUUCAAGUUCCGGAAAGGUUGCAUCACCUUCUAUGUCUAUGCGGUCCGUCCCGUGGGUAGCUCUGGCUUCUUAUUUGCAGAUGAUCUCACUACCAUUCUUCAGUCUGUCAUUGCUCUUAAAGAUUUCUUGGAUCACACCGCCAUGCUCGCAUUGCCCAGCCAGAGGAGCAUCAGUUACUCCCCUCCGGUCGCCAUGGCUCAUUAGUUCC